CUUUUGUUCAGCAACUGAACGUACUGUCAAUUAACUUUUCCUCGCGAGCUUACAUUCAAUUACUCUUCUUCGAGAUUGAUUUCGAAAAGACGAAAAUGUCACGACUUCUACCUCGCAGAUUCCUCCUUCCAUCUAGACGACUCUUUACUCACUCCACCAGACGAACUGCCUUCGCCACUGGCCCUGCACCACCCCGACUCCCUCCAAAGGAACAAGAAGAGUUCGAGAGAUUGCAAAAAUCGUCGACGGGUGCAUUCAGCACACCAAAAGCUGCAGGCACCACCAGUCCUUCCGCAGAGUCAUUCUCACCACCAAGAACAAGGCCACAGAUCAACCAGUCCCCAGCAUCAACACCAGAAAAAGCUACAACGGAGGCGGCAGAGAUCAAUGCUAGAGUGGCAGCCUCAGGAAAGGGAGAGGAAUUACAUCCAGACAUAAGAAGGGGUGCAGCCCCCGAAUUCGAGGGCGAUGUAAAUCCGAAGACAGGGGAAGUGGGAGGACCGAAGAACGAACCUUUACGGUGGGGUAGCACGGGCGAGAGAGGAGAUUGGAGUUAUAAUGGAAGAGUGACAGACUUUUGAGUGCUGGACGGGCCACGAUAUUUGUAUGAUGACGGGAGACGCUAGAUAUGCAACAGGCGUGACCCUGCUCGAGGAAUCUUUCCGAAGCCGUACUUUCUCAGAGCUGGUUAGUAGGACAUUUUCAAAUGGAUACGCUGAAGCCGGUAAAGACUUUGGAGGCUAUCGAUAUUUCUUGACGGUCUUGGCUGUAGGUUAACAUCUUGAAAUUGGGUAUCUGCGACUAGUAAUGUCAGCGUUCAGACUCAAGAGCAUCGUCAUCGCCGUUGAUACUGCCUAUCCCAAAACCAUCUCCCCCAGCCUU